CAGUUUCUUUUUUAAAAGGCAAGCUCAAAGCCACAGAUUAUACAUUCUGCUCACAAACCGUGCGGGUAAAAUAACCAGAGAGAGCGAGCGACAGUGGGAAUCUCUUUCUUUCUCGUUUGGAGACGUACAGCUUGCGCGUAAACGGCACCGGGCAUCACUGAAGGGAGAGAUACGUGGUGCGGAUAUUUUAUUGUCUUUUUUUUUAAUAUAUUGGUGACUGCAAGGUUGAAGGACAGCGCAGGGGGGAGCAGUGUGACUGUCUUUGUGGAUUGCGAUCGUCGGAUGCGGUGACAUUUGGGGACUUGAGUGCGCAAGGCACCUGUGGAUGCAACAAACACCCCCCGAUGGUUGGACUCAAACCUUUUGCAAAGAAAGGAUUCACCACGAGAUUUAGUUGAUAAUCGUUGCGGUUUCGGUCAAACACCCUGCAGUUUAGACGAGAAGCGCACCAUGCUGCUGAGUGUUUCCUUCCUGGUGCUUCCCCUCCUGAGCAUACCCGGCUGCGGCUCUUCGUACGUGCCGUGCGAGCCGUGCGAUCAGAAGGCCCUGUCCAUGUGUCCGCCGGUGCCGGUGGGCUGUCAGCUGGUGAAGGAGCCCGGCUGCGGCUGCUGCCUGACGUGCGCGCUCGAAGAGGGCCAGCCGUGCGGCGUGUACACCGGUCCGUGCACGCGCGGGCUCCGCUGCCUGCCCAAGAACGGCGAGGAGAAGCCGCUGCACGCGCUCCUGCACGGCCGGGGGGUGUGCAGGAACGAGAAGUUGUAUAAACUGCUGCAUCCGUCAAAAGACGAAUCUCACGGUGAUACCCUGUUACCCGUCCCCGAGUCAAUGCUGCCCCAAACCAAGGUGCCCUUAUAUGGAAGAGGCCACAUCAGCAGUCAGAAGGCCCAGGCCAUGAAGCAGGCCAAGGACCGCAAGAAGCAGCUGGCCAGGCUGGGACCUGCAGGCAACCUGGACUUCUCACCGCUAAGCCUGGAUAAACUGGACCCUGAGUUCGGGCCCUGCAGGAGAAGAUUGGAUAAUCUCAUUCAGAGCAUGAGGGACACUUCUCGGGUCUUGGCUCUCUCUCUGUACCUCCCCAACUGUGACAAGAAGGGCUUCUUCAAGCGCAAACAGUGUAAGCCUUCUCGUGGUCGAAAAAGGGGGAUCUGCUGGUGCGUCGACCGGUUUGGCGUGAAAAUCCCCAGCAUCAACUAUGCUGGAGGAGACCUGCAGUGCAAAGAUCUCGACAGCAGCAGCAACAGCAACGAAUGAGAGUUGAACCGGUCAUACCCGCUGAGCCCUGUUCUCCUAAAAAAAAAAAAAGAACCUGCCAAUCAAGCUAGCACACUUAAUGACUGCCAAUCAGGAAAA